GGAACUGUUACGGGGAAGACAAAGCAGAGAUCUACUUUCACCAGUUCACUUGGAUAUUGAUUAAAAUUUUCAUCCAAUUCAGAAUUCUUUGAUUCCAAAUAUUUGCUUUUUCCAUCAGGCUCCAGUUGGUGAAUCUCAGGAGUUCUGGUUGGAAAAUAAAAGAAAGUAACCCCCCAGCCCCGAAACCUGAUUUACUCAGCCUUGAUUGAAGACCUUAAAAGGUUAACGCCCAAAAUUUGCAUUGGCUCUGGAAGCAAAUUGGCAACCAGAGCAGACAGCUGAACUAACCCUGAAGAGAUACGAUCAGAACACCUUACACCAGACAACACACUCCUCUUAGCAUAAUAAAGAGCCUUGUGCUGAUGAUUCAAAGCGAAGCAGACGCCACACGGUGCUUGCACACACGGUUCCCCGAGCAAGGAAAUUCCACCCACUUCGGCGAGAGAGAUACCCUUUUCCUCACCGGAGACACCCCGGAGGGAGGUGCAUAUUUGAAUCGGGGAGUUACACGAAACCAGCUUCCCAGGUGCCGGGGAAUCUUCUUCGUUCGCUAUCCUCACUGCAGCGAAAUGCAAUGAAUGAACCCUAAAACGAACGCAGGUUCCCCUUGAUUGCGACGCGCACUAAAGCAGAAGCUAAUUCAGCCCGUGGGCAAACCUAGAGGGCACACGGGGCUCCGCCCGCCUCCCGGCGCCGUCGUUUUUUUGUUCCCUCCGCCCACAGCCGCGUCCCUCCGCCCGCCCGCCGGCGCCGAAAUCCUCCCCCCACCCCGUGAGGCGUUGCGUGGCAACGACGGGAGGUGGCGCCCUCGAAAUUGGGGCCUGACUCGUCCCUGGGUGCCUGCCUCCUCCUCUCUCCCUCUCCCGCUGGGUAGGGCGAACGAAAGCCCCAACUGAAGGAGACCCGCGCCCCCGCCCUUUUUCCUGCCCCGGAAGGAGUUGCACACCUGGCCUCGGAAGUGGUCCUCGGCAGAGUCCGGCCCAGAGCAAGGCCUUGGCUGCUGCUCUCCGGCUUGGAACUCCGGCUAAGACCCUCCAGGGAAAGAAGGGCUCCGGGUCGCUGUCUCUGGCCACCCGCGAGCGGAUGGGCCUCAUGAAGAAGGUCACGUGACUGUGCAGAAGGGCAACAUGGUGUUGUAAAGUAUGUCAGAGGUACUGAUGCUGUACCAGAGGCUGGGAAUAUUGAUGGCCAAAUCUAGCAAUUACAUGGUUUUCUAAAGAAGUCAUGGGUAGCUGUUGUAGCUGUCCAGAUAAAGAAACAGUCCCAGAUAACCACCGAAACAAAUUCAAGGUUAUUAAUGUGGAUGAUGAUGGUAAUGAAUUGGGUUCUGGUAUAAUGGAACUUACAGACACAGAAUUAAUCUUGUACACCCGAAAACGUGAUUCUGUCAAAUGGCAUUACCUCUGUUUGCGCCGUUAUGGCUAUGAUUCAAAUCUCUUCUCUUUUGAAAGCGGGCGAAGAUGUCAGACUGGACCAGGAAUAUUUGCCUUCAAGUGUGCCCGUGCAGAAGAACUGUUUAAUAUGCUGCAAGAGAUUAUGCAGAAUAAUAGUAUAAAUGUGGUAGAAGAGCCAGUAGUAGAAAGAAACCCACAUCAAACAGAAAUUGAAGUUCCAAGAACACCCCGUACACCUACUACGCCUGGAUUGAGUGGGCCAAGUUUACCUAAUGGGUAUCCAAGGUAUCCUUCCUAUGGAGAUGCUUCAUCACAUCCUUCCAGCAGGCACCCUUCUGUAGGAAGCACACGUCUUCCUUCAGUAGGUGAAGAGUCAACACAUCCUUUGCUUGUGGCAGAGGAACAAGUCCAUACAUAUGUGAAUACAACAGGUGUACAAGAGGAAAGGAAAAACCGACCAAGUGUGCGUACACCUCUGGAACGAAGAGUUUCCACUGCAGAAAUGAACAAGGCAAGAGAAGAAGAAACUUGUUCUGAUGACAGAGAAGCCCAGGUUGUACUGGAACCUGAAGGAGUCAAAUUUGUUUUGGGUCCAACGCCUGUCCAGAGACAGUUAAUGGAAAAAGAAAAACUGGAAUCAAAUGGGAGCAGCACUCAAGCUAGUGGAAAUAGUACUGAAACUAGCAGUAGCAGUACUCAAGCUUGUGGGAGUAAUAACAGUGAAUGGGACACUGGGUAUGACAGUGAUGAACGCAAAGAACUUUCCUCUGGUAACAAACUAGCGUAUGAAAAUGUAAAUAGACUACCCAUUCCUAGUGCCUCAGGGCUCAGGAGAGGUCGUCUCAUAUCAUCCAGUACCUCUGAUACCCAGAACAUCAAUAAUUCAGCUCAGAGGAGAACUGCCUUGUUAAAUUAUGAAAAUUUGCCAUCUUUGCCUCCAGUUUGGGAAGCCCACAAGCUAAGUAAAGAAGAGGAUGACAGUUUAGGACCAAAGACACCUUCUCUAAAUGGUUAUCACAAUAAUUUAGAUCCAAUGCAUAAUUAUGUCAAUACAGAGAACGUAACAGUGCCAUCAAGUGCUCACAAAGUAGAAUAUGCAAGACGCCGAGACUGCACCCCAACUGUCUUUAAUUUUGAUAUUAGACGACCGAGUUCAGAACACAGGCAGCUCAACUAUAUACAGGUUGAUUUGGAAGGUGGCAGUGACUCUGACAACCCUCAGACUCCAAAAACUCCUACCACUCCACUUCCACAGACUCCAACCAGGCGCACAGAGCUGUAUGCUGUGAUAGAUAUUGAAAGAACAGCUGCUAUGUCAAGCUUGCAGAAAGCACUGCCUCGAGACGACGGUACUUCUAGAAAAACUAGACAUAAUAGUACUGAUCUGCCUAUGUGAGCCUGGAAAGCAUUAGUUAAAACAUUUGCACCUUUGUGAAUUCUUUUUUUUUUAAUGAAUGAGAGCUCUGUUUUUACCUUUUAAAUGCUAUCACUUUUCAUAGACUGAUAGAAUUUUCUUCAUGUGCUUGUUUAAAGGGAAUUUUAAAGUAGAAAGAGUAUUAAAUAACACUAUCAUUUUACACUUAAGUAUACAACUUUUGGACAGUGUUGCCAUCCUUUUAUAGUGCCUAUUUCAUUGACUGAAAGUUGUGGUGACAUCCCAGUGUUGAGAGACUGUCCAUGUGCCUAAAGUCACUGAAGGCAGCAUGAUGAUUUUAUGCAUCCUGAACCUUGCAUUGUUCACAGAUUGGUACAGUCUUUCGUGGUAUGUAUGAGAUGAUUCACCUACUGGAGUUCAAGUGGCAUAAAUGAGAGAGAUUCUGACCAGACUGAAUUGAAUUAAAAUAUGGUAUUAAUUCCCUUAUUGGCCUAGAAUGGACUGAAUGACUUCAUGAAACAUGAACCAGUGCUUAGGGCAACCUCUUUAAACUCUCCCAAUACAAGUGUGCCAUGAUGCUGCAGAGUGCAAGUUUAUUAUUAAAGCCAAUUAAUACAAUUUAGAGUAGAAUACUGAAUAUUGUGCCAUUAGUUUAAAGAGUCUAGAUUGGACUGAGUUCAAAAUGAGGGAAAUCAGCAGCUUUGUAAAUAUAUAAAACAUAUAUCAGAGUAUCGGUUAGCACUUGGUUUCAUUUUCAAAACAGUCCAUGAACUUAAUAAUGAGAUGCACUUUAAAACCACUUGAGGAUAAAUUUAGCAACUAGUAAUUGAAAAACAUGCUCUGAUGUUAGAUAUGUCUUAUUUCAGUUGCGCUGCAGUUCUAGGAUUUGCAAUUGUUCUACAAAAGAAAGAAAGUUAUACUGGUGGGGUGGUGAGGAUGCAUCUGGAUAAAGGUAUACCUUUUGGGCCCUGGAAAGAGUUGCCAUAAGUCAGAAUUGACUUGACAGCAUACAGUUAUUUGUAUUGUUAUUAAUAUUAUUUGGGAGGUUAGGAUGGGUGACACUGUAAGAAUUAGUAUGGUGCUAUAAGGCUAAAGGGCUUUACGUUGUUUGGCCUGGACACAAAAUAUGGUAUCCUGUUUAAACUGGGGCUUUUCUGGCUCUCAGUUCCUGUCAGAGUCCUUUGUGUCCUCUCUCUCCCUCAAAGCCUCUCUUGAAGACCACCUACAGCAGCAUUCCCACGCAGAGUGAGGGGAUGAAUCUAACAGGAAACAGGAAACCAGCAACUCUACUUAUAAAUGAAUGCCCAAGGAUUUUGGCUUCCAGUCUGAUAUAUUAAAUUUAUAUUUUCAGACUAUUUUGAAAGAAGAGUUUCAUGGUGACCAUUGUUGCCAUAUGUUUUCUUUUCAUUUAAGGCUAAAACUAGUUUUGGGUUAGGUCCAUUACACUUUUCUAAUUGGGAGGUUUUUCUGUACAAUUUUGCAAAUGCCUGUACUUAGAUAUCUCAGAUAUAAUUAAUAAUUACAAUGUAUCUGUGGUGGGAUUUUCUUUUUAUUCUGUAAAGUGUCUUCUUCUUGUCUUGUUGUCCAUGUUUUGUCUGCAGCUUCCCUGUACAGCCUUUAGGUUGUAAACUGUUAAUUUUGUAGAUAGUCUUUGUUCAAUUUUGGUAUUGCCAAGGAAGAGAUUUUGAAGGUCCAUUGGUAAUACUGUCACUUAUCAGAAAGCCUUCUUUAUUACUUGCACAGACAAAAAAACUCUGUUGUAGAUAUUUAAGGACAAAAAAUGUUGUGGCACCUUAGUGGAGGGGAUUAUGGAGGGCUGAGCUUUUGGAUGUAGGUUCUUCCAGAAAAUAAUUUUAGACCAAUGCAAUUGUCAGAAUGCUGGUGGGAAUAUACUGUGGGUUUUUACUGCAACAAAUCAGUAACAUAGUUCCAAGUUUGUGUUUUUCUUUUUGCUGUAUAUGGUUUCAUAAGUAACUGCUUUUUGAUACAAGCCCAUGAUCCCAGUUCUAAACAUCUGUGCUGAGAUAGUUGCCAAACAUAAAAUCCUUUAAAUACAGCCAUAAUGUAUUUUAUACACUAUUACACUGAUCUUGGUGUGGGUGUAUUUUAUCUUAAGCUUUGCUGGCAUGGCAAGCCUUAGGUAUGGAGUAGCAACUGAAUGUGUGCGGUAUUCAUUGCAUCAGUUUAAUGAUUUAAUAGAUGGCUGAUAGCUCAACUACAGCUGAAUAUUCUUAAUACAUCUGGCAUUGGCUGACGAUUUUUGGAAGAGUCUCUCAGAUUUGUAGGAAAGUUCACCUAGUGUAGUGCAAAGAUCAUGGAAACACAGACUAGUAGAACCAAUAAUAAGAAGUAAUCGUUGAUGUAAGCUGGCAUGAUACAUGUAGAGAUGUCACCGUUUCUAUCAGUUUUAAAGACAUGGGCUUGGAAAAGUUACUUUCUUGGACUGAGAGGUGGUACUGGCUAGCUGUGGGAAUCUGGAAUGUAGAUAAAUCCUUGCUUCAGGUUGAUUCUUCAUGUUUCUAGACUCCAUGUUAGAAAAGUACUGUAGUUUAAGAUCCUGUGACCUCAGCAUCUGGCCGGGAUGAUUUGGGGGCAUGUUUCUCCCUGCCCUUGAACUCUGUAAUGUCCAGUUUCAUGAUGUGUCCUGAGGACUUGCUUUUGGGGAUGUUUUAGUGAUCCACUGAAUCACUUUAUGUGAUCCCGAUUUUGGAUGUAGCCAAGAAAGUAAGUUUUGGGGAGAAAGUAUUUCUGUACCACCACCACCCACAAAGGAUUUUUUUAAAAAAAUAUACAAAAUUAUUCCUUUCUCAUGAAAAUUGAAACUUUAUUGUUUAAAUAAUGCAAAACAUAUACUGUCACAAAUAAUGGUACUGCUCUCUAUAUUUAUGAAAUUUAAAAUUUAAAACAACUUUAUAAAAAGAAUGCAAAUAAGUGCAGUGUUAUGAUGCAGUGGCUUACAGGUCUUUAAAUAUGGCUAUGAUCCUGUGUCUCUUUAUCUUAUAAGUUCCUUGACCUCAAAGGUCUUUAGUUCCCACUAGACAUGUAUAGAAUAAUGAUGUAGGUACUUAAAUCAACAAUUGUUUUUCUCUCUCUUUUUAAAAGAGAGAACUCAGAAAAUUAAGAGCAGGAAAUUUGGAUAUUGAGUUAAACUUUGUAGUACAAUAUCAUAUUCAGAAUAUAACCUAUGCAUGCUUAAUUGGGACAGAAGACUAUUGAAUUGAGUGCUACAUGCUUCCAGAUAGACAUAGAUAAGAGUAGGUUCAAAUGUUCAGUUUCCAUAGAGAAAAUCAGCUGCCCCAAAGCCAUAUUUAUUUUAUUUAUAUCCCAAAUAAUCUCAGUGAAUGUUUAAUUAAAAAUACUGUCAUAGAUCUAGUUUAUUUCUCUAAUCACUUUCUAAAAGAUCUCUAACUUUGGAUUUUAAAUGUGCAUUUGAAGCUUCUUGGGGUUCAGAAAAGGACCAAAUUCCUGAAUAUGUUCUGCAUUUUGUUUCUUUUGAAAAUAGAAUCAUAGAACUGUACUGUUGGAAGGGACAAGCAGGAAAUUCAAAGCUAAGGCAUCUCUCAUAGUUGACAAUUUAAGGUGAUUUUUAAACAGAGGUUUACAGUCACCUAUGACAGUUCUUACUGUCAAAAAGUUAUUCCUAACGUUCAGGCAAAAUCUCUUUUUUUGUAUUCAUUAUUUUGGGCUUUACUGUUAAGCUACAGAAAACAAACUUCUCCAUCUUCCACUUGGUAGCCUUUCACUUAUCACCCCUCUGUCUUCUCCAGGCUUAAUAUGUCCAUCUUCUUCAACUCUUCAUCAUAGGACUUGUUUUCCAGACUUUUUUAAGCGUCCUGGUUGCCCUCUGUAGCUGUUCCAAUUUGUCAAUCUCCUCCUUAAACUGUGGUGUCAAGGACUAGACACAGUAUUCUAGGUAAGGUCUGACCAAAGUAGAACAGAACAGUACUUUUAUUUCCCUUGAUUUGGACACUGUACUUCUUUUGAGGCAACCUACUAUUGCAUUUACUUUUUUCUGUUAAGGUCUAAGAUAUUCCCUAAAUAAAACAACUACAGCAGCAUAUACAGUGAACAGUAAUGGAGAAAGAAGAUAUGUCCACAGUUUAUUUCUUGACACAAAGCUGUCAAGUCUGAUUAAACUGAAUAUGAUUUCCUUACCCUUCCUUAACAUCCUAGCUAUCUGAAUACAACCAACUUGUGAAUUAUUAGGUGUUCUUUCCUUUCUCAUUCCCUCACAUGAAGUAGUUUUCAUGAUUUCAUCUCUUUUCAGUGGGAGACUGCAUCUACAUAGCUACUAUCAAACAACUAGAUAAGCACUUUAUUAGAGAUUCAUCAACUUCAUAAGAAAAUCUUCAUUUGCAGAUAUAACACUCCUUUUACUUUGCUAUUAGUGUUACUUCUUAGAUUGGACUUGCUAUGUACUUAGCAAAAGAGAACUAAACAUACAGUUAGAGGCAAUUAGCUUAAUUAUAAAAAUUCUUUUAUAGUACCCCGCAGAAAAUUGCAGUACCUCUUCAUUUAUGCUUGCAGCUCAUAUUUUCAUACAGAAACAUGACUUAAAACAAUGUUAUCCUCUGCACUCCAUUGUUAAAUGUUUUGUUAUGUAAUGGCAUGAUGCAUCUUAUUUAAAGUGAUCCUAACAGGGUUUUUAAGAUAUCUGAGAUUUUAAGGAAUGGUUUUACUAUUGCCACCCUCUGGUGACUUUCCAUGGCUGAACUGUAAAUUAUCCUCUUGUUUCAUCCUUGCAGAAAGGUAUAGUAUAAAUGCAAAUUUCCUCAGUCUUCACAGUGUAAGCAUAAAAUAUGUGAUAGUUUACUAUACUUCGAAGUGAAAUGUAUUCCAGUGUCCUUAUCAAAACAUGAAUAUAACAGUGUUUUAAAGUUCUCUUCUGCUUACAAAAUUUACAUAUAGGUCAAAAUCCUGGUGCACAGCUCCACAUGUGCAGUGCCGAUGACAUCAUCAGUGGCAAAUCACCACUGAUGAAAAGUGAGUUUACUGUACAUGCAACUUGUGCACAAUAUGAAGCUGCAUACACCUUGAAAUCCCCAAAGGAAGCCUUUAAUCAGUGGCAGUUUGACGCUGCUGCUGACACAUCGCCAUUGUGCACACAAGGCCGUCCAAUAGGAUUUUUAUUUUGCUUUCAAAGGUCUGUUCUUUAAGAUAUCUAUACUAUGUCAAAGGAUGACAGAAGUGAAGAAGGAAUAUUUGAGGUCAGGCUUGUAGGUAGAAGGUUUACAAUCAAACUGCUGCUCCCAUCUGAUCUAUAUGUUCUUCCAUUGCAGAAAUUCUAGUAUUAAGGAUUUCAGCCAGCAUUUAUCACAUAUUUCCAGACAUUUAUUCAAGGGAAAGGUUUGAAUUGAUUUCAGGAUUGCCAUGUUUCUUUGCCACCUUUUGUACAGUAAUUUUGCUGCAGGAAUAUGGAGCAUAUGCAGAAUCUUGCAUAUACACUGUUUAUUUGGACACAAUUAUUCUAUUGACGUAUUUACUAUGAUGAGCCCAGUUAAACGGCUUUCUACCAGAAUUUGAGAUGAGGAUAAUAUUUAUGCCCCCUUUUGCCAGUUAUAUCAUGUCAAUUUAUUUCUUUUGAAAGCUUGACAGAUAUGAUCAUGUCUAAUCAAAUGCAUAUGUUCAGCCAGCAUCAGCGCAGGACAAAUUACGUUUGCAUUAUUUAGCUAUAAAGCCCUUUCUGCAUCUGUAUUUUAAAAAAAUUAAUACAGCCUACCACUGGCAGUCCUAUGCUAAGGUCAUUCAGUUAACAAUGUGUAAUGUUAGGUCUGUAGUGACACUUACCUUUCUAUUUCUCUUGCACAAGAUCACACAUAAAAGAGGUACAAGCAUUUUGCAUGAUCAUUAGAGAUCAAAUCUUACGCGUUCCUUAAUGCGUUAUUCCGUAUCUUCUUAUAUGCUAUUUUUUAAUUAUUUUUCAAAACCUUUGCACUAUUGCUCCUGUUUACCUGGCAGACCAUAUUAGUGAUGCUUCAACCAGUAGUGGAGAGCCUGGGUGCUGUGUGACUCUUGGCUGAACUGGAAUACAGUUUGACUCCAGAAAUGGGCUACUUAUUAUUUGAUAAGUAAUUUUUCUUCUUUUUCUUCUUCUUUUUCACCCCCACCAUAUUUAAAGGGUGUUUAAAAUUUACUGAUUUUUUGUGCAACAUACUAAAGGUGAAAAAUGUUUGGCUCUGGUUGCACAAAUUCUGGAUAGGGGAACUACAUAUGUGCAAGGUGCAUAACAAGAAUUAUAUCUGGGCCAAUGAAGGAAGAUAAAAUGAAAUAAGUGUUUGCAUAGAUAUAAGAAUGCACAGAUAAUACAAAAUUAAUUUGUUUAUCCUGGAUUUGUCUUGUCACUAUUACUCCCCCCACCCCACCCCCUUACUGCUGACUGACUUCUCAGACUAAAAGUACAGUUUUUGGGCAAUAUGAAUGAUAAAUAAAUGAACUAGACCUAAGCAGUACUGCAUGUGAUCUCAUUCUGCAGCAACUCUUAUUAAUUUUGUUCAGGUUUUAAACUGUGGAUCUUGGAUUCAUACGGUUAUUUAGAUAACUUUUUCUGUAAAGUUUGACCUCUUGUAAUUGUACCAAGCAAGGCUGAAAGCAGGUACGUGCCCCUUUUAAUUAAUUAAACUGAUUAGACUUUUAAAAAAGAUUUGACUUCAAACUAAUUAUGAAACUUUAUAUUUGAACAUAUAAAAGUAAUCCUUCCUCAUGAAACAUUCUAGUGUUUAAUUGGUUGGUUCUGAUUACUACACCUAACUUGAGUAUUUCUUCUUUGAUGUCACCAGUAUCUUCACUUUCUAAACUUUCACUUUUUUGUGACAACAGUACAUUCUGUUAUAUGCAUAGUAAUAGCAAUAGUGUAUUCAGUUAUUGUUUUUAAGGUUAAUUCUUUUUUCCUGUUCCUGGAACCAAAUAACUACAGCAAAGUCCCCGUAUGUUUUAUUAGUUAUUUAGAACACUACCUUCAUUUGCAACUGGUUAUUGGUUAAUGUCUCACACACCUUCUAAAAUAAUUUAACUUAAAAGAACUAUGUUAAUGUUCUUCUUGUUAGUUUUAAGGUGUAUAUGCUCCCCCAAAGUGUAUAGUUUCAUUUAAAUUCUUCUCUAGUCCUGCAACACUACCUUAAAAAAACUCAGCAUUAACCUAUCAAAUCUAUUGAAUUGAAUGAUUGUGGACAUAGGAAUUGAAGGUCUUCAUUAUUGCUUUUGAGGUAUGACAAAUAUGUUUUUCAAAUGUUUUAUUGGACUAUGGUUUGAUCUUGAGAACUACGAGCAGAAGGAAGCUUCAGGAACCAGAUUUUUUUGCCCUUGUUUUUCUUUGCAUGCCUGUUUCUGAGGAUUUAAUGAUCCACUGGAAUUUUAUGGAAGGCCAUGAAAACAGCAACUAGGGAAGUUCCUUGGGUGAACACAGCGCCAUUUGUAUAAGAUGCUUCUGCUUAGUCUGGAGCAAUUCCACCCCACCCCCUAGCCAUCAGCACUACCGCCUCCACUGUAAAAAAAAAAUCCCAUGCUUUGAGGUGGUUUGUUGGGGGCGGAGAGAUGAGGAAAUUCCCUUUCCCAAGCUUCUGUCUUCUCAGAGUUCUCAGGCUCGAGUGUUUACUCCAGCUUGGCAUAGUAUUUUGUGUAAAGAUGUAAGGACAAAUGUGUUCAAUAUUUGAUGCUAUUGCUUUCUAUUGCCCAUGGAGCACUGGAAUUCUUUGUUUUUAAAAAAAUACCAGUUCUAACAGUAUAUUUACAAAGAGCAUUUAGAAUGUGAUCAUUUUUAAAGUUGGUAAAUUAUGUCUUUGGGAAAGUGCAUUGAGGAAGCUCUGUUGAUUGAAUUGUACCUUUCUCUAUAAACAUGAAACAUAUAACUAGCAUUAUAAAUGAGAUUGUUCACUGUGUUGAUAAAGUCUUCCUAAGUGUUCAGGAAGGGGCUGCCAUGAGAAGGCUUCUUUCUUCACAUACUGCCUUUUUGAAAUCCCAGCACCAAAGGGUGUCUAUGUGCUUUGACACAUGUAGCAACAGAUUGACAACUUUCAUAGGAUAUUGAAGUCACAAAGGAUAAUGUGAAGUUAGGAUUGUUGGUGCCACUUUCUCUCACUGCCUCCAGUUGCUGUAAAAAGGAGCUUAAAGAUGGUAGUCUUUUGCUUCCUACAAAGCAUAAGAGGUACUGAAAUCUUCUAAAAAAUAGCUUCUCUUAAUGUAGCAGAAAGAAGUGUCUGCAUCAAGCAGAGCAAGGUGACUGAUUUUUUCAUCUAUGACCUGAAAAUGAUGAGAUAUAAAUAAUUAUAUUAAUAAUAACUGGAGAGUUCUUAUUCCUCUCUGCAUUUAGGGUUGAGAUUACUGUUUGAAUUUUGAGGUAUUUGGAAUUAAAAAAUGGUUUUAAAAUUGGAAAAGGCCCUUCACUCAGGAAUUUCUGUACUUCCCUUUUUUGUUUAGCAGUGGAUAUCAACACUCUGAAUUCCAUGCCAGUUUCCAAUAUCUAUAUAAUAUAAUGGGACAUGACUUAACGACAAAACAACAACAUGUAAUAUAAUAUUAAAAAUCAUAUAUGACACUAGUUCUAUAUUUCCCCCAAUAUUUGCCAAACCUUGAAUGCAAGCUGUCUUGUUUGUGUGACUUUGAUCACUACUGAAUGUAUAGGAAAUGCUUCCAUUUUUGUAGAAGAAAAUAGUAUCUGUUUGGUAUACCACAAUACGGUGUGUCCCAACCAGCAAGUAUGGUGCCUUCCUUUUUUUGUUGUUAAACAUAACAUUUCAUUCCAUUGUAGCAUCUCUUUCAACUGUGUCUUCGGAAUCACUGUGCAACCCAAGAGGCAAACGAAGUUUCAAAAUUUACAGUACAACUGAUCUAAAGUCUUAGCAUGAAAAUGGACAAAAACAGUCACCAAUGUGCCACAAAUGCAUUUCUUAAAUGCAUAAAUAUACAUUUCUAUGAAAAGCCAAAACUCUGUAUGUUUCUUUUGUCAUUGCAUUGUAAAAUACUGUAAAGUUAUCUCCUAAUUUUGCAUUAUGUUUUCCUACGUAAAGGCAUCAGUAUAGCAACUUUGUAUAAAAGUAGCUUUCUAGAGUUUUAUUUUAUAAAAAAUAAGUCUAAAGAGUUGCCAAAAUGUUCCUGAAAACUGUUGUAAACCUAAUUUCCCUCACCAUUUUUCUCUAACAAACAUUCCAGGCUUACUUUUAAGAGAGAGUGACAUUUAUAUUACACAUAAUAUAUUUUCUUUUUUGGUCAUCCAUAUACUACAACUUUUGGCUUGCUUUUUUCAUUGAGCUUACCAGAUGUUCAUUUUCAGAUGUAUUCUGUAAUAUUGACAACGUUGUCCCCUCACCAAUGCCAGCUUCAUAAAAAUCGUAGCUUGGCAAUAAAAUAUUUGAUUUUUACUA